AGUAGUUCAGGCAUCAUGUUGGGCUCCUUUAUUUUUGUUGGAUUUUGCAUCUGCCUCUUUUUCUUCCUAAUCAGGAUCCAAAAGCCAAAGAACUUCCCCCCUGGGCCCCGACCCCUACCCAUAGUUGGCAACCUUCUUCAUUUUAACAUCAACAAUCCUUUGAAAGACUUAAAAUUGUUGGCUGAGCGUUAUGGGAAUGUUUAUGGCCUCUAUCUUGGAAGAAGCCCAGCUGUUGUACUUAACGGUUUGAAAGCUAUAAAAGAAGCUCUGGUGACUAAAUCUGCAGAUUUUUCUGGACGCCCACAAAAUUUGCUAAUCAGCCAUAUGAUGGAAGGAAAAGGAGUCAUACUAGCUGAUUAUGGUCCUGCAUGGAAGGAGCAUCGGCGCUUUGCUAUCAUGACCUUGAGGAACUUUGGUAUGGGAAAACAGUCUAUGGAGAACAGGAUUCUGGGAGAAAUUGAACAUAUUGUUGCAAAACUGGAACAGCAUGCGGGAAGUGUCUUACAUCCUCAGACUUUGUUCCAUGAUGCAGCAUCAAAUAUCAUCUACCUGAUGUUGUCUGGCACUCGAUAUGAAUACGGUGAAGAAACCCUUAAUAAAUCUGUUAAAUGGAUUACUGAAAUUACCAAGAUUCUUAAUGGACCUUGGUCAUUGAUCUAUGAUACACUUCCAUGGAUAAGAUCUCUGCCUCUUCCUUUUAUAAAAUUGUUUAAAAACAACAAUUUACUUAAAGAAAUGACAAUGAACAUGAUCAAAUCCCACAAGACAACAAGAGUCCGAGGAGAGCCGAGAGACUUUGUCGACUGCUAUCUGAAUGAUCUUGAUAUGGGAAAAAUAGGAUCCACAUUCAAUGAAGACCAAUUGGUAAUGUACAUUUUAAAUCUGCAUAUGGCUGGAACUGAUACCACGUCCAACACCCUUCUUACAGCUUUCCUCUACCUCAUGGCUUAUCCAGACAUUCAGGGUUCAACCUUUACUUCAUUGCACUUUAUUAUUAAGUUUUGUUGCAUAGACAUAUUGUUUUUAGAGAGAUGUCAGCAGGAGAUUGAUGAGGUUCUACAGGGAAAAUCUAAUGUGUCUUUUGAGGACAGACACAACAUGCCGUACACACAGGCUGUAAUCCAUGAGUGUCAGCGCAUCGCCAACAUCACCCCUCUGAGUGUAUUCCACUCAACUACAAGAGAUACUGAACUGAUGGGCUACAGCAUCCCAAAGGGAACUAUUAUCAUCCCAAACCUCUCGUCAGUGCUGAGUGAAGAAGGCCAAUGGAAGUUUCCUAAUGAGUUCAACCCAUCAAACUUCCUCAAUGGAGAAGGACAGUUUGAGAAGCCUGAGGCAUUUGUACCAUUUUCUGCUGGGCCUCGUUUAUGUCUGGGUGAAGGUCUGGCUCGCAUGGAGCUCUUUCUUAUCUUGGUCGCCCUGCUUCAACGCUUUCAGUUCAUUUGGCCUGAAGAUGCAGGAGACCCAGAUUUCACUCCUGUGUUUGGAAUCACACUUACACCCAAACCAUACAAGAUGGGAAUUAGGCUGAGACAGACAGCUAGAGAAAUCUAGAAAUUGUCUGGAGAUAUAAUAUAUACUGACACAUUCUUUAUGGAAAAUGAAAUUGUAUUAUAUCACAAUAACUGAACUAUUGAUGCAGUAAUAGACUCACAAGAAGAAGAAUGCUAAGAAUGUUAAAGGAACUGGUUGAAAUGUUUUUUGGACAUUUGGAAUAGAGAAUAACCAUUAUUAGUAUUCUGGUUCUGUUGUUGGUUUUAAGUGGUUCUUUGCAAUACUUGCUUCAGCUUAAACAUUGAGAAAAUAUUAUAUAAAUAGAUUUAUCUAUACUGUAGAAAGAGUAUUUGAUGACAAACCCAUCUUAUGUUGGAAAUAUUAGAAUGUAUGUACUGUACAGUCUUGUGCAAAAGUUUAGGCACCCCCUGAUAAAUAAAAAAUUUGUGAUUUUUCUAAUUGAAAAGUUGUUAACACAGUCUCUCUUGGAAAUGGAAAAAUGCACAAUUUUUUCAGCAAACAUUGAUGCAUAAUUACUUCAGACAUGCAACAACCAUGGGUUCCUCUAAGCAGCUGCUAAGACUAUUGAUGCCCACAAUGCAGGAGAAGGCUACCAGAAAAUAGCAAAGCCUUGUCAGCUUGCAGUUUCCACAGUGAGAAAUGUAAUUAAGAGAUGGCAGGUCAGGGGAACUGAGGAGGUCAAGAUGAGAUCUGGAAGACCAAGAAAACUCGGAGAGAACUGCUCGUAUGCUGGUCGGAGAGACAAAUCAAAACCAAUAGACCAA